AUGACCAAAUCAUCAUUCGAAAGCUUCGUCAAGCCGACGAGACGUAUUUUGACGUCUCAUGAUCUCGAGUUAUUCCGUGAAAGCCCGACGAAACAGCUGCUGCUUGGGUUUGUGACGGACCUGGGGAAGUCGGUGGAGGGGAAGAAGAUCUCGGAUGAUGUACCUGUAUCGGAGAAUGUCAAGGGAGUGAUUAAGAUGUUCGAGGGGAUCAAUGAGAUCAUGGCACGACACCCACCCGUCGACAAUUCGUUAUCACGAUUCGGUAAUCCUGCAUUCCGCUCAUUCUACGAGGACCUUGAGGCGAAGGUGGACGAACUACACAAAGACCUGCCAUUACCAGAAGGCAGUGACGUAGAGUUUUACCCCUACCUCCUCGGUUCCUUCGGUUCCCCCGUCCGCAUCGACUACGGCUCCGGGCACGAACUCUCCUUCCUCGCCUACCUCCUCGCACUAACACAACUCCCGACACCCUUACUUACCCUCGAAGACUACCCAGCCCUCGUCCUUCGAGUCUUCUACACAUACCUGUCCACCAUGCGUCAGAUCCAGAGUCUGUACCUCUUAGAGCCCGCGGGUUCGCACGGUGUAUGGGGUUUGGAUGACUAUCACUUCCUCCCGUUCCUCUUCGGCGCACACCAACUCGCUCCACACCGACACCUCAAGCCACGUUCCAUUCACGACGCAGAGGUAGUUGAAGCGUUCGCGCACGAUUAUUUCUAUCUGGGGUGUAUCAAGUGGAUCAACGAAACCAAGACAGUGGCAGGGCUGAGGUGGCAUUCGCCAAUGUUGGAUGACAUCUCGGGUGUAAAAUCCUGGAAAAAGGUCGCGGAGGGAAUGGGGAAGAUGUAUGAUGCGGAAGUCCUGUCCAAGCUUCCAAUUAUGCAGCAUUUUAUGUUUGGAACGCUCAUCAAGGCUGCGGAGGGGAUGAGUGAGGAUAAAGACGCGACGGAGGAUGAGCAUGGACAUGUGCAUGGGAAGGGGGAGGAGAAUCAGCAUGGGUGGGGAGAUUGUUGUGGGAUUAAGGUGCCGAGUGCAAUUGCGGCGAGACAGGGUGAGGAGCAGGGUCAGUUGAGGAGGGUGGUUGUGCCCGGUGCUGGGGUCGUUGGGGGUGGUGUGAGGAGGUUGCCGUUUGAUUAG